AUGACGGAUACGUACCAAAUGAGACAUCCUGCUGCGACCCUACGGACAAGGCCGAGCUUGGAGAAAAAAGAUGGUGUCGUCGUGACGCCUUCAGCAUCAAUGAGGUUGAUAUUGUGCAUAUAUUGCAACGCUGUUGGCGCUUAUUAUGCUGUGCUGACGGCUUACAUCCCUAUGCUACACAAAGUUGAAAACAAGCUUCUCGCGAAUGCACAGCUGUGUGGGGGUCAGUGA